UGCGCCCGAGCGAGAGAAAGGUAGAGGGAGAGAGCCAAGGGAAGAGAUGGUUAGAAAGCGACGAGAAGAGAAGACCGUAGCUCUCUCUCUCUCUCUCUCUCUGCCCUGGACACGUCUCUCUCGUGCCCCUUGGCAAAUGCGAGACCAUAGAACAUCUGAGCGCCCCCCUCUCCCCCCCUCCACCCGGUGCCGUAUCAACUGGGCUGACACACGUAGCCUUGACGAUGUCUGCGCUGCCAGCAGUGCCAGCAAUGCCCUCGCCCCGUCGCACGCCACGCUCGAUCCGCCCGGCUACGUAGCCGCUGCCACUUCCCGCAAGUCCACUCCCAAGCCUCGCGCGGCGCCGACGCCCGAGUCUAUCGCGGCGCUCAAGGCGAAAAAGGCGUGGGACGUGGCGUUUGGGCCCGCAAAGAAUCUGCCCAUGAACGCCUUUAUGCUGUAUAUGAGCGGCGCGGGCGUGCAGAUCUUCAGCAUGAUGGUCGUCGGCAUGCUCCUGACCAAUCCCAUCAAGGCGGCACUGGGCGUGCAGGGAGCCUUCGCCCCGCUCUCGACGCCCUCGCAGCCGCACGCGCUGCUUCCCCAAAAGCUCGCCUUUCUCGGCGCCCAGGCCCUCUGCUUUGCGCUGGGCGUGUGGAAGUGCGCCGGCAUGGGAUUGCUGCCGACGGCCAGCAGUGAUUGGCUGGCUUGGAGGGCGCCGCGUCUGCCACUGGAGUUCUCGCCAUUGUACUCUUAGCGUUCCCCCUGUUCGCGCCAGCCCCCCC